UAUACCGGAAGUGUCUGUCUCCUAGCAGCAGAAGCUAUUCGAACAACGUUUCGUUUCCUCCUGACAGUGUUGGGGAAAUAUCCUGGAUGACGUUGCCCUACCCCGUCACCUAUACACACGCUUAAAAAGUCACAAUGGUUUUAAUUAUCUUUAACAACUUUGUUUAGUUAAAUUUUCUCCCGAUAGCAACAGAAGCUCAGAGUGUUAGCUUAGCUUGUUAGCUUGCAGCAGACUGACAGUGUUUCUGAUGGAGUCGAGAGAAAACCUCAGAUGUUCAAAGUGUUGGAGAAAUAUCAGCUAACAGAGAUGGAGGAACCGACACACAGUGAGCGGAUGGACUCUCAGUUGGAUGACGUGCAGAAGGUGUUGGUUUUAAAAGAGGAGCUUCCUGCUGAGGAGGAGAACUGGAGUCACAACCUGGAUCAGAAACACUCACAGAUCAAAGAGGAACAGGAGGAGAAUGAGAUUACAGAGUUUAUAUUCAAUCCUGUAAAGACUGAAGAUGAUGAAGAGAAACCUCAGCUUCACUGCCAACCUGAGAAGAACAGAGACAGAGGUUCAGAAUCAGGUCAUGUAGAUUCUUCUGAGACAGACAUCAGCGAUGGAAACUGGGAGGAGAGCGGUGAAACUCCAUCUCAUUCAGACUCUUUAGGGAACAAUAAAUUUCCUGUAAGUGAGAAAGGCAAGCAGCUCCAUAGCUGCAGUGAAUGUGGGAAAGCAUUUAACCAAAAGUCGGAUUUGUUGAGGCACAACAGAGUUCACACAGGAGAGAAACCUUUCAGCUGCUCCAUCUGCAACACCUCUUUUACAUGGAAACAUGUGUUAGUGCAACACCUGAGGACACACAGUGGAGAAAAACCGUUCAGCUGCGCUGUUUGUGGUCAGACAUUUAGAAAGAAAGAAACUUUAACUUACCACAUGAGGUGUCACAGUGACGAGAAACCUUUUAGCUGCUCUGUUUGUCUGCAAGCGUUCAGCAGGAAGGAGAGCGUAAAUCGGCACAUGACGUGUCACAGUGAGGACAAACCUUUCAGCUGCUCCAUCUGCGGACAAAAGUUCAAGAGGAAAGAAAGUGAAACCCGACAUAUGAGAUGUCAUUCGAAAGAUAAACCUUUCAGCUGCUCCGUCUGUCACAGGAACUUCCCAUCUAGGAGAACCUUGAAAGAACACACUAAGGUCCACUCAGAGAACAGACCCUUCAAAUGUUCUGUCUGUGACGCCGCUUUUAAAAAAAAGAAAACAUUGUCAGAACAUGCAAGAAUCCAUACGGGAGAAAAGCCUUGCAGCUGCCGGAUCUGUGGCCAAAGCCUCAGUUCCAAGUCAUACCUUACUGUUCACAUGAGAGGUCACACAGGAGAGAAACCUUACAGCUGUUCUGUCUGUAAGGCCACUUUCAAAUGGAAAAAAACCUUUGUAAGACAUUCAAUGGUUCAUUCAGGUCAAUAAUGAAAUCCUUCAGAAUGGUAGUGUUCAUGUUGGCAGCAGCUUUAAUACAUCAAAAUACUUGAAGAGGUGUUAUUUCUGUAUACUUUAGAGGAAAUUUCCCCCAAAAAAUGAUCCUGUGAAGCACUUUGAACUGACUUGUUGCUGAAAUUUCCUAUUUAAAUAAACUUGACUUGAUUUAAAGUUAGUGCGUUAGCAACACGACAACCCCAAACACACCAGCAAGUGGUUCCACGUGUUACAAAUUCCAGAAGUAGAUCGAUUUUGUGUUAUAUAAAUUCAAAUCAGUGAUCAGUAUUUUGUAUUAAUAUUCUUAAUGUCUUUAUUGAGAGCAAAGCCAAGCCAAAGUCUGUUCAUUGUUGGUGUGUGCAAAGUUGUUGAAUAAAUCUAAUUAUUAUUAUAAUGUAACUAAAUAUUUGCUUGGUUUAUCACAGAGAAGUUAAAUAUUGUAAAACUUUCAGAUUUUACAAUAAAUGUGAAGAAAAAUAUUGA